CCCAUAGUAUAUAAAGUCGUACCGCUGGAAAACAAAGUAACCAGAACGAAUUGUAACUUCGUAUCAACCGACUCGAGAAAAUGAAGUGCUUUGUGAUUUUUGCCUUGGCUUUGGCCGCAGUGUGCGCAGCCCCUGUUGAAGAAUCUACUAAGACAAAGAGGGGAAUUUUCGGUGGAGUGAGCGUGGGCCAUAGCUACGUCACAGCUCAUGCACCAGUAUACCACGCACCUUUGGCCCUCCAUGCACCACUGGUAGCACACGCACCACUCCUCUCGGCACCACUUGUCACCAAGACAGUCGUACCGCACUAUCGUCUGACUGUACCAACGCAUUUUACUUACAGUCACGCACCACUCGCACUCGGACACUCUUUCUGGUGAAAACUAUGGGAUUCAUAAUUAAUCUUCAUCUUUUUCAUUUAUAUAACAUCAUAGUAUACAUCAUUUGUGAAUGAUAACAAAACCAAUGGACAAUACCUUUAACGAAAUAAAAAGUUUUAUUUUGUAA